UUUAUUAAAUCCCCAAAAUCCAAAAUCAAAAGCUGAGAGAAAACUAGGGUUUGGGUUUUAAAACUUUGAUUCCUGUGAUCUCAGUUUCGAUCGAUCGAUUCUCUCGAACACGAGGCUGAAACGCAAACUGUGAACCAAUGGCAACACAAACGACAAAGCGAAAACCGGUGUUCGUUAAAGUUGAUCAGCUGAAACCGGGAACCAAUGGACACACUCUGACAGUGAAGGUGGUUAGCUCUUCGCCGGUGAAGACGGUCCCUAACCGUGGUGGUCGAUCGGCGGUGAUAGCUUCUCGUCCUUCCCGCAUCGCUGAAUGCCUCGUUGGAGAUGAAACCGGAUCCAUAGUCUUCACUGCUCGCAACGAACAAGUGGACCUCAUGAACCCUGGUGCAACUUUAAUUCUGCGUAAUGCCAAGAUUGACAUGUUCAAGGGAUCUAUGAGGCUUGCAGUGGAUAGGUGGGGGCGUAUAGAGGCCACAGAACCUGCAAAUUUUGAAGUUAGAGAGGAUAACAAUCUUUCAUUAGUUGAGUAUGAGUUAGUCAAUGUCGUUGAAGAGUAAUUUUUAUCUUCUGAAGUGAAUCUUUCAAGUUUCGAGGGAUUCUGAUUUUUAGUUUGACCAUUGAACAAUUGACUGCAGUGCAGGUUUUUAUAUGGUACAGUCUUGCUUAUUUAGUCUUAAGAUUGCUGUGGUUAAUGCUAAGAUUAAUGUUUUGGGUCAGUUUUGAAAAUUGAUAAUGCCUGUGCUUAUGAUCAACCGUAAAUAUUGUUUAUAUAUUUCCAAAAUUGAAGUGUA